AUGCAACGUGUGGCGACGUGCACCCGCGAAACCGCGUUCGUGACGGCAGCGUGGGCUGCCGGUGCAGUUCAAGCGGUGACGCGAGCCUGUAGUCGCGGUCGUAUCAGCACCUGCGACUGCGACAUCUCCCGACGUGGCGGUUUAAAGGCGGCGGACUCGGAAGGCGCCUUCACAUGGGGUGGCUGUAGCGAUCCAAUUCGAUUUGGUAUGCGUCUCGUGCGACUCCUUCAGGAGCCUCGCAUAACGUCCGCCAAGGACGCAGAUAGUCGCCGUCGCCUUCGUAUCCACGCAUUAGGUGGCAAGAAAAGUGACACACGUGAAAAAAGAGGGAGUGACGAUGAUGUUAUGGCGCGGUGUCUGAUAGAUGUCCACAAUCAAAAGGUCGGCAGAAGAUUCAUCUGGCAAAGCCGAGAGAAAAAAUGCAAAUGUCAUGGCGUCAGUGGGGCCUGUACACUGCGGACCUGUUGGCAGCGUGUCGGUGCAUUUCGAGGUGUUGGUGACCUGUUGAAGAAGGCCUACUCCAAUGCUCUUCAAGUGUCUUUUGAUGCUGCCACUCGGCAGUUGCGUCGACUUGCCGAUCCCCUCUACUUUGGGGGAAUGCCAUUGCCUGCCGGGCACCUCAUGAAACGCAGCACUAGUUGGUUUGUCGGUAGUAAUGGUGGAAAUCCAUUGGCUUGGCAGCGAAGGCGACGGGAAACGCAGUUUGGUGAGAAGUGGAUCAAACGUCAAAAGGAUAAGUUGGUUUACCUGGAUUACUCGCCAGAUUACUGCAAAGCGGACCAUAGAAUUGGUAAAGCAACUGUUGUCCAGCGUCUCUACGAACGCUGUGUGAGGACUGUACAUCAGCAGAACCCUUAA